CUGCCUUUCACUUUAUCAGCUUUUCCCUUUUUAUAUAUAUUCUCUACCUUAGGUAAUACGUGUAUAACUACAAUUGACCAUUCUAGCAGUGCUCUCAACGAGGUUGAGGGCGACGCACCUGAAGCUUGUCGUCUAGCUGCCACUUCUCCUGCUCCCCCUUCUUUAUCCACUUCCUCUGCCACGUCUAUCUCGGCAUCAAGCGUGCCUGUAGCCGGGAUACAUGCGACAUCGGAUGCAGGUGAUGUUCCUCUUGACCCCUCACAACCACCAGGUGAUCAAAAUCUGCCUUCCGAAUACUCCUCCCCAUUUGAGCCACCUAUCAGACCGAAUCAAGGUUCAGAAGGCAGGCCGAUUGCAUUGCGUGCCAAUCAUUUUGAGAUUCGCGUUCCAAAGGGCUAUCUUCAUCAUUAUGACGUCUCAAUCACUCCAGACAAGUGUCCGCGACGCGUUAAUCGGUAA